AUGCCUGCCAAGCAAAAGUCGCCCGUCUACGUCCUGGGCGUGGGCAUGACCAAGUUCAUCAAGCCCCGCGGCCUGGUCGACUACACCGAGCUCGGUUUCGAGGCCGGUGUCAAGGCUCUCCUCGAUGCCCAGAUCAACUACGACGACGUCGACCAAGGUGUCGCCUGCUACUGCUACGGUGACAGCACCUGCGGUCAGCGUGUCUUUUACCAGUUUGGCAUGACCAAGAUCCCCGUCUACAAUGUUAACAACAACUGCUCUACCGGUAGCACUGGUCUGGCCAUGGCCCGCACCUUUAUCGCCAGCGGCGCUGCCAACUGUGUCAUGGUUGUCGGUUUCGAGAAGAUGAUGGCUGGUAGCUUGCAGAGCUUCUGGAACGACCGGGAGAACCCCAUUGGAACCACCGUCAACAUGAUGGUCGAGACCCGAGGAUUUGAGCCUGCUCCCGGUGCUGCUCAGAUGUUUGGCAACGCGGGUCGCGAGUACAUGGAAAAGUAUGGUGCCAAGCACGAGGACUUUGCUGAGAUUGCUCGCGUCAACCACGCACACUCUCCCAAGAACCCCUACUCUCAGUUCCAGCAGGUCUACACCCUCGAGCAGAUCAUGCAGGCCCCCAAGAUCUUCGACCCUCUCACCAAGCUUCAGUGCUGCCCUACCUCUGAUGGCGGUGCCGCUGCCAUUCUCGUCUCACAGGAAUUCCUCGACGCCCGCCCUCACCUCAAGGCUCAGGCUGUCGAAGUUGCUGGACAGUGCCUGGCCACUGAUGCGCCUAGCCUGUUCUCCCGCAGCUCCAUUGACUUGAUGGGCUACGAGAUGACCCAGCACGCCGUCAAGACCGCCAUGGGCGAGGCCGGCAUCACCCCCAACGAUGUCAAGGUCGUCGAGCUGCACGACUGCUUCAGUGCCAAUGAGAUGGUUGUCAUUGAUGCCCUCGGCCUCAGUGAGAAGGGCAAGGCCCACGAGUUGGUCCGCCGUGGCGACAUCACCUACGGUGGCAAGUACAUCAUUAACCCGUCUGGCGGCCUCAUCUCCAAGGGCCAUCCUCUAGGCGCUACUGGUAUUGCGCAGUGCGCCGAGCUCGUCUGGCACCUGAGAGGAUGGGCCAACAACCGUGCCGCUCCUGAUACCAAGUACUGCCUGCAGCACAACCUGGGCCUCGGAGGUGCCGUCGUUGUCACCGUCUACCGCCGCGCUGAUGGCAAGGUUGCCACUGAACUGGACAAUGCCACGGUUGGUAAGCUCAACGGCCUGGGGUACAACCCUGCUGUUGAGGCCAAGGGCUUCACCAAGGAGCAAGCGGCUACUGUUCGCAGCAAGACUGCCUCUAGCGAAUGGGCCUUGUCCGACACCCAGGAGAAGGUUCUUCAGGCUCAGCUGUAA